AUGGAGCUAAAGGUCUGGGUGGAUGGUGUCCAGCGGGUUGUAUGCGGUGUCUCCGAACAGACCACAUGCCAGGAGGUUGUCAUAGCAUUGGCACGUGCCAUUGGUAAGUAAUCGUUACACUUGCUUGGUCUAAAAGUAAGCUUGCAGUUUAAUCCUUUACAAGUUUCAUUGGAAGCAAGAUCAAAUGAAGUUAAUGGAGCUUAUGCUAAUAAGGAUGGCCAUUGUUUUGUAAUACAUGGGAGAUACAUGAAUGUUGCCAUGUUUGAUAUGCAUAGCUUCCAGCUACCUUUUUUGUCACUACGUUAAUUUUUUUUUUUAUAGAAGGGAUAUUACAAAGCUUUGUGUGAAAAUCAUUUGUGUGUCUGGGCAUACAGGUAGGUUUGUUUCCCAGAUUUAUGCUGAAAAAAUAAAACUUCCCUCCAUUUUCCCCACUCACUCCUUCCCUCUUGUAUUUUUGCAUUGUUUUUUUGACUUCUAAGCACUCUUGGGUUCAUUUGGGGAAGCUCGUGGGCUUGGUGGAUGGGGGGAGGAAGAAAUACAGGUAAAGGGGGAUAGGAUACAAGUUUGCACUGGGGUAAGGGGAAUAUAGGGACAGACAGCUGGCUCCACUGCAAUCACUAAUGAAGCUAAUAAAGCGCUUCAUAUUGUCACUGCUUAUACAUUGUUCAGCAAACUCGCACUUCCAAAAACCACAUUUGCUGAACUAAUGCAGGUGUAGAAGAGGCUUUUGGAUGGUGAGGGGGUUGAUUAAGAGUAGCUUACCCCUUCUGGCCACUUCUCCACUGCCAAUUCCUCCUAAGCAGCCUCCACCUGAAAUGGGCUUACUCAGUGGUAGGCAACCUAAGGCCUGGGGGCCGGAUGCGGCCCAAUCGCCUUCUCAAUCUGGCCAACGGACGGUCUGGGAAUCACCGUGUUUUUACAUGAGUAGAAUGUGUCCUUUUAUUUAAAAUGCAUCUCUGAGUUAUUUGUGGGACAUAGGAAUUCAUUCAUUUCCCCCCCAAAAAUAUAGUCUGGCCCACCACAAGGUCUGAGGGAUAGUGGACCGGCCCACGGCUGAAAAAGGUUGCUGACCCCUGGCACUUACUUCUAAUUCUGGGGAGCGGGGAGUUGCACUGCAGGAGCAUACAACAAAUAAAAACUGUCAGAGAAUACAUGGAAGGGGGAAAUGAGUUGGGGGGAGAUUUAAAGAGCCAGUCUCUCAUAUGGGUACUCCCUUGCAAAUUCCUGCUCUUUCUUAACUUUCCCUAUAACUCAGUGCAAAGAAGAGAAAUCUCUGCCUUUUCCUGAAAUGUUCUGCAUGUGCCUGAGGAAUUUAUGAAAUGUGAGUGAGUGUGUGUGCAUGUGCAAGUUGCUAGUGAGGACAAAUGCUAUCUGAUGCCCCUUUCCCUCAAAUUAUAGUUGGGUUGCUAUUUCUGCAUAGUAGGAUGUUCUGCAUUUCAUUUAUCCUCAUACGUCUUUUUAAGUCCUUUGUGAGACAAUUGGCUUUCAAUUCCCAUAACACAUUUUCCUGAGUAGAUAAUGAGUGAUGCACUAAAGUAGUGAUUGGGCAGCUCUGGUGUUUGUUCAUGAAGCCUUCUGCUGUAUACAAGAGGCUUGGGUAUUGUUUGCCACCUCCCACGUUCAACAGUCAUACUGCAUUUCACAUGGUCAGAGCACAACCUUAAUUUACAUUUGCAACAUACAAGGAUGACUCAGAGCCUGCGUGUUUGUUUUCCCCUUAACUGUUUUCUGGGCAGAUCAGUACUCAGGCUUACGCUGUGUUUUCUGAUGCGGAAAUGUGCUAGGAACAGCAAGUGAAGCUUGUAUUAGCCUCCACUUUUGCCCUUUAACUAGAUUUAGGGGUACUUGUGUCCUGACUCUGCAAGAUCGGGUUUCAGUUUCAGCUUAUGUAAGUACUCCAUGAGCUGGUAAGGAAUCAUCAGGGCUUUUAAGGCAAAAACCUUGUGGGCUAGCAGCUUAUUGACUCACUACUGGAAGCUGUUGGAGCUCACAAAAUCUUGCUAAUGAUAACUUUGCCUAAAAGGGUUUCGGUUCUUGCAUUAAAAUGCUCCCAAGAACUGCAGCCAGAAAAAAUGUUAAUGGAAUUUGAAAUAAAUCUUCCAAAGUCAUUCCAGAUACUAAGUGUAUGCAUUAAAAUGUCAGAUUGUGGAGGGGAGAGGAGGCCUUGGGAGGCAAUAUAGCAAGUGUGGGAGAAGAUAAAGAACCCUUUCUGGUUCCCCCCAAAAAUGUAUAACAAAUGACAAAACUAACAGUGAAAUAAACAGUUAAAGGUCUCACAUUGAAUUAUUUGCAAAUACCCUGAGCAAGGAUGGUCAGGGAGUUCCAACUAGAUAGAAUCCACAGAUAUGAUGCUCCUCAACAUAAAGCAUCUCUCCAAAAACCCUUCUGAGAAUUUGGUGGUUACAUUCCCUCAAUGGAUUAAUAAAUGGUAUGAGUAGGAACCAAACAGUGUCAGAACACCUCUGGUUGAGACUGACCCUUUGCCUACCUGACAGCAUGGGUUAACUUCUCAGAUAGCGCUAAGCACUAAAUUGGGCUGCACCAAUUGUCCAAGGAAAAGUCUGAAGAAAAUUUCCAGCCACCUGGUGUCAUCAGCCUGUCAGCUGCCAGGAGAAAGCUAAUUGCUUCCUUGUCUGGGGACCUGUUGACAGGGUCAAAGAGGAGGACUUCUGCAACUGGUUGUUUCAUGAUUUUUGAAAGGUGAUCAAACACAGGGUAUGGGAUUCAGUGUUGCGGUAAAAGGGCUAUGAAAUGGGGAAUGAGGUCCAUUCACAUAGCACCUGUUCCCCCUUCCCACUGUUCUGGGGUUUUCUCCAACCCUCCAGAGCGAAGAAGUGAGGCUCGGCCACGUAGCCGAAUUCUGCCCACACUCCCCAAAAGGCGCAUCUUCCCCAUCACUCCCAAAGGAGUCUAUUUUAGCAAGAGGUUUAAGCAUGUUGCUAGCUUGUCAUGUGUGCAAAUGAAGCUCAAAUCCUAGCUCAGGGUACAAAUGGAGGUGGAACUGCUGCAUUUGGAAUGCUUUGGUAUUUCCAAAUUUGGUAUUUCCUCCCCUAGUGGGUGUAAACAUUAAGUGUAAAUGAUUAAGUUCAUGCCUAACCUUGAGUUAUAAGAAGAAAAAUUGGUGUGAAUGUCCAAGCCACCCUCUAAACCAGAACUGCUUUCUGAUGGAGCAGUAGGGUAAACCCAGUUCUCAAGGAUGGAAUUUCCAUGUCAAAUGUUGAGCUAAAAACAUGUGGCCCAACUUGGAAUGGGAGCUGCGUGGGCUGAGGGACACUGGCAAGACUGCCUAUUAUUUAAUUUGUUGACAGAUCUAUCAGUUUUCAUAAAUGCUCAGCGUCCACCCACCCCAAAAACAUCCAGCCUUCUGGUGUAAUGGACUUGACCUUGUGAGAGGGAUAUUAGGGUGGAAUGUGAGUGUGAUGCAGAUAGAACGGGGCAGGAAGGGUUAUUGGUGUUUCUGUAGUGAAGAAAUGCUCCCCACUUACGCCUGUCCCUCUUCUCAGGUCAAACAGGUCGCUAUGUUCUCAUCCAAAGACUACGUGAAAAAGAGAGGCAGCUUCUCCCACAUGAAUGCCCUGUGGAGUCCAUGGCCAAGUGCGGACAGUAUGCCAAUGACGUGCAAUUCAUAUUGCAGCGCACAGGCCCCAGCCUCACUGAGAGACCUUCUUCAGACAGUGCUCCCCAGGUACCCGAGAGGACGUUUGUCAGGGCUAGCCUGCCCAUCAAACCCAGGCCGGUCGGCACAGAAGUGCCCAGACCCAGGCAGCCCAAAAAAUCCUUAACCUUCAACCUGGGCCCUAUGGCCUCCAGUGAUCUGCUUGCCAAGAACAAGCUGAAGCAACACAAGAAGGACAGCGUGGGCUGGAGGGAAGGUGCUAGUGGGGGGCUGCUUUCCAAAGAGGAACUGUUCAAGACCAUACUGCACCAACAGGAGCAUCUCUACUCCCUGGAGAUGCAGGGGGAUGCCUUGGAAAUGGACCUCCGGCACUGGGAACACAACAGAGGCUCCUGCCAGGAGGACGAGAUCCUGCACCUGGAGCAGCUGAUUCGGCAAAACGAGAGUGAGCUGGGUGAGGAAGGGUUUUGGCAGAGUGAACUGCGCUCAGAGAAGGAGUGCGAAAGGGAGCGCCAGGAGAAAGUCCACACCCUGCGGGCCACCAUGGAGGAGUACACGCAAAAAAUACAUGAGCUUAUGGUGAAAACGGAGGCCUUGGAGAGAGAAAUUCAGUGGGAGAUUUCCGAGAGGGCCAAGAGGGCAAAGGAAGCUCCGAGGCAGAGCCCGAGUGAACUAGAAGAAAUGGCAGCUAAAAUGAAAAGGGAUCUGGAAGCUAAGGCCAAGCAGAGUGCCCACCUGGAGAGCAGCCUGGAAACUGUGGGGAAGGCCUUGGAGGAAGCAGAGCAAAGCCUUCAGGUAUGCACUUCACAAUAAUGUUCUUUUCUGAGGGGAUCCCUGGAUGGGUAGUUGCAUUCCAUGAUGCAUGAUUGCAUACCCAUGUUUUUAGGCCUCUAAAUGUUUUUCAGAAUGCAGUUGAGCAUUGUUUUUACUCAUUUUGCAAUUUAAAUCACUUGAGCACAGAAUAAGGAUGCAGUUAAUAGUACAUCUGUUAGACUAGGAUACUAGGUCUAGUUGCAAAAAAAAGUACAUCCACAUAAGACAAAAUUCUACAGGAAAACUGUGUCGGGGUCUCCUUUGCAGCCUUGGACUUCCUUAGAAUUCUACCCUUCCAGGCGUUUAGCAGUAGCUUAGGUGAGGUCUUGAAUCUAUUGAGUUAUAAACCUGGCAGGUGGCAGUAGAAUGUGUAGCUGUUACAUCAACCAAAUGGAAAUGAUCUUGCACAAUGUUGUAUGUUCUGAGACUGGGCACUAAGCUCGUGGUUGUUUCUGUUGAAUUUAGUUUAGGACUCUUCCCAUGAGGAUUAUCAUGUGGUUUAGCUGGGAUGGAACCAGGGAGAUUAGCAUCUUGCAAGAUCAUCAAACCCAAAGGAAUUAAAGCUGUUCUGUACCUGAAUUGAUAGAACGGGCCUAAUAAAGUUAUACUGCAACUCUUGCAGACAUGAAUUGAACCUGGUUAUGAGGUGUGCAGUCCUUCAGGCAUAGUACUGUGAUGUGUUGGUUUACAUAGGAAUUAUAUUUGUGGGCAUGUCUGUGCACACACUUUGAGUGUGCAAAAUCGUCAUUUGCGUGUAAUCUAACCCUGAAAGCAUCCUACAGUAAAGGGAUUGCUUUGGAACAAAUGUAGAAAUAAAACCAUUAAAUAAUGGUAAAGGCUACUUGUUUGCCAACAUCAAACCGGCUACCACUGUAUUUGUAGAGUGAUCCCCAAACUCCAUACCCUCCAAGUGUCCCUAUUUUCUAGGGAUGUCGCUGAUUUAGAGAAGCCAUCCCAGUUUCUGAUUUGAUCCCGGAAUGUCCUGCUUUUCCUUAGGACGUCCCUAUUUUCAUUGGAGAAAGGUUGGAGGGUAUGGAGUUAUCCAACCCCUGAGCCGUCUGAAGGCAGUCCUGUAUUGGGAAGGGUUUUUUAAAUGUUUAAUGUUUUAUUUUGUUUUUAUAUAUGUUUGAAGCCACCCAGAGCAGCUGGGGGCAACCCAGUGAGAUGUAUGGGGUAUAAAUAGUAUAAUUUAUCAUUAUGGAGUGGGACAUCCCUAUUUUCAUUAGAGAAGUGAUGGAGGGUAUGCAAACUGUGCACCAAGCACACUGCUGUGUGGUAAAAAUAAUAAUAUUUGAAAUAAAAAUUAGUCGUCUGUGAGCCCAAAGCAGAACCAGCCUGCUGUAUCCCUGCAUGAAUCACUUCUCUGAUUUUUCCUGCUUGCUCUGCAGGCAUGUCAUUCAAUACAUCAGGUGUGUUUCACCCAGCUUAGUCACUUCCGUUGCAGCAGCAGCAACACAAGCAGAAUUAUUUGCCUUUGGAGGAGGGAGGCUCAGAACUGUGAUUUUGCUCAGGAACAUUCCCAGGGAAAGCAAAGUACUGUAUCCUCGUGUUUGCUUCCAGUUUAAUUUAGCUAUUAGAAAUCUGUGUUUGAAGGUGUUAUAGCAGCAUGUUAAUUAUGUGCAUCUUCAAAACACAGGCAGCUGUUGCUUCUUUUCUGUUCUUUGCUUUACGCAAAAGUAAGCAGCAGUAAUAGUCCUGAGUCUUCUCCUGGUUCUUGUUUAACUAUUGACUAGACAUUGGUGCCAUCUUAUGGCCAAGUAGAGGAAAUGCUGUGUACUGUACUGUACUUUUUUUCUUUUGCCUCUGUCAGACUCUGAUUAUAAGGACAUGAUUGUGUAUGGGUUUGUGGGGGACCCAUUAAAAUAAUUCCAAACUGUAAGAAUAAUAAUAGGCCCAUGCACAUCUGUGGGUUUGUUUCUCCUGGCUGCAGGCAGGGCACAAUGAAGUGGGAGCAAUUAAGCAGCACGCUCACUAUCUGAGAGCUAAAUAAAUAGACUACCGUAACAUACAAGAGCCAUUACGAGAAUCAGAUAGAUUGUUUGUCUGCAGGUCUGUGCUUUUCACAGUCUAUCCUCAGUCUUUAUAGCACGGUCAGAAUACAAGGGUUAUCUUGCUGUUAUGUUUCAGUCUCCAUCUUCAGCCACAUUUAAAAGGAAGAGAAAAUAUUGUCAUUCUGUUAGCAAAGAGGAAAAUGGGCCACCUGAGCGAUGCAAAAGUGGGGUGGGGUGUGCUUGAGAUUGUUUGGGGUUAGAUGCUUUGCUAGCAAGUUGUCUAGAACUGGUGGAUAGAUCUUCAGUUGCACCCCCAACACCCACCACAAAGACCCACACCAGAUUGCCAGCAGAUACUGACUUCAUGAUAAAGAAGCUUUUGGAAUGUGUAAGCAUCCAGUAAUGAAUAUCUAGCCACCUACCAUAUUAUUCCUGUCAGCUCAUGUAGUUUCUGGUAGAUUUCUGCUAAUGGUCAAGAAGCAGAGAGAAGCGAGUUGGAGGAGGCUGGGGUGGGAUCAGAAGCCUUUCUUCUGCAGCUUCAUGUCUCAGAUGAAGAUAAGUUCACUCUGCCUGUUCCUCCUAUAUCUUGCAGGCCCAGAACCAAGAGCUGGAGGAGCUAAAUAAGGAGCUGAGGCAGUGUAACUUGCAGCAGUUCAUCCAGCAGACAGGAGCCAUGGUGACUUCCCCACAGCCCAGAUCAGAAGCGGAACCCCAGCUGGAUGAAACCAGCUCUGAGCUGCUGGCUCACCAGAGAACCGGAGGUUGGAACACAACUCAAAGGGUGGGCAAAGUUGGGGGGAGAGGGGAGGCAGGAGACCUCACUUUAGUUAAGGCCUCCUACUGUGCUUCCUCUCAUGUAAGCUGGUAGGGAAUGUCAAUAUCCCCAGUUUUCUGGCCUCUAGUUGUGACAUCAGCAAACAAUCAGCAACGCAUGGAAAUGCAUUGGUGUGGCUUUCUUUGAAGCCUCCCUUUAAAAUUAUCUGGCUGGAGAAACAAAUGGACAGCAGAUACAAACUUAUCCAUAAAUCUAUACUGCAGUAGCAGGGAAUAGCAGUUGGGGUGGGGGGAGAAGGUGGAUAGGUUUCUGGGCAUCUGCUUGAACUCUGCUGUAUGGAUCUUGCAUCCAAACACUGUGCUAGGUAGAGCUUCCUUUGAAAAUAUACCGUAUUUUUCGCCCUAUAGGACGCACCGGUCCAUAGGACGCACCUAGAUUUGGGGGGGGGGGGAGAAUAAAUAAAGGAAAAAAUAAAAAUAAAGGAAAAAAUAAAGGAAAAUAAAGGAAAAAAAAAUUAUUCCCCCCCCCCCAGGCGCGGGGCUGGGGCGGGGGAAGCCCUCCACCAGCCUUCUAACCAAGUCGGGGGACAGCGGGAAAGGUGUGCUGCACCUCUCCCGCUGUCCCCCGAGUUUGCGGGGCUGGCGAUGGGGAGGAGCAGGCUUCUCCCCCGCCAGCCUUCUCACCAAGUCGGGGGACAGCGGGAAAGGCGCGCUGCGCCUCUCCCACUGUCGGACAGAGCUUGUGGGGCUGGCGGUGGGGCUCUCCUGAAGCCUGGAGAGCGAGAGGGGUCGGUGCUCUCCAGGCUUCAGCGAAAGCCUGCAUUCGCCCCAUAGGACGCACACACAUUUCCCCUUCAUUUUUGGAGGGGAAAAAGUGCGUCCUAUAGGGCGAAAAAUACGGUACCUAAAAAUGAAUGUGAAGAAAAACUGGAAGUUCAAAGUGGGACAUUUAGCACAACUAUUUAAGAAAGGAAAAAGUCAAUUUCUGAUUGUUGAACUUGCUCCAUGUUAAACUCUGGAUUCCCACAUAUUACAAGAAGUGCAACACAACUUAAACAGGGUAGAUGUCUAAAAGCAUUUAUAUAGGUUUUGAAUUUGCCUUGUGUUGGUAAGGUAGCAUCAAGCCGUUAAGCACUACAAAGGUCCACAACUACAGCAGUGAUGGUGGCAACUGAAAUGUGGUCCCCUUCCCACUUAUUCAAGAAUAUUUCCUUUAACAUAGUAUCUGAGUGGGCAGCCUCCGGGAAAUGGUCUGGACUAGAGGUCUGUUCUGCUAGUUGCCUAUCUCAGCUUCAGGGGGAAAACAACACAGAGUAUUGUGACAUCUUAAAUACUACAGAUUUACGCUUUCAUGGGCAGAGAGAGGGGUUCUACUGAGAUCUGGCAUUCUCAAAGCCCAGCAUCCUAUGGUAUUUUAGCUAGCUAGCCCAGUCUUUGAAGAUACGUUAGCCUUCCCUUAACUUUGCAGCCGCUGCAUAUAGGCCAGCCUAAAUGAGAAACUAACUGGGUGAUAUUCAACACUUGCCCUUCUCAAGGCAGACUCAUUGACUCUAAUGGGCAUUACCAACUUAGGUUCAUUAAUUUCAGUGGGUCUAUUCUGAGUAAGACUUAGCUGAAUACAGCUCAUUUUUUGGGGGGGGGGGACCCACCUGUGCUGAAGCUCUUGCUGUGGAAUGUGGGCAGCAAUUGCAGCAGUGUAGUUCCCUGGGUCUGUCUUGGCAUAACCUGCACAAUGCAGCAGCACCUCAGGUAUAAAUUUUUCUAGUUUCCAAGAAAAAUCUUGAAGUUGACAGCGUGCAUGUAUGGAACAGGCUUGGGUGUUGUUGUUUUUCUUUUUGCACCAAUACACAAUUAUUACUGAUUUUUCACACUGAUGCGGUGUCGGCAUAAGGUGUGGCCUUCCACAAAAUCAAUCAAUGGGAAAUGCUGGUGCCUGCCUGCCUGGUCACAGAAGUUGGGUCCACUAGUACUCCAUGAGAUCAAUACAGUGAUUUAUCCAGCUGGAGAAAGCUGAAUUGGGAUGAAAUAGCAGAGAUAUCAACUGCGAAUGUGGGUCAGAAGUGGCAGCACAGGACACAUGUUGGGCACCACUGAUGAGGGGGAAGGGUGCCUUAAAAAGUCUGAGAUCCUUUGCCAGAAGAAAGCAUAUUGCCACAUACCAAUUAAGCAGCUUUAAAGUUUACCAUAAGGGGGGGUUGGGGGGGAGACAACAGUCUGUUGUUUAGUUGUGUGGCAAACAGUGUUUCCAUGGCUGCACAGCCAGCCAAAUCAGUAGAAGCAGGCCAUGGUAAUGCUGUAGCGUGAGUUUAUGCACACAUUGGUUGUUGUUGUUUGUUUGUACAGAGCAUAAGAGAGAAGGUAUCUGCCCUGAGCAGCUUGCAAUCUGAAAUUCAUCACAGAGGAAAGGGAGGGAGGGAUAAACAGGGAAGCAAUGCUUAGUUGCAUAUGUUCAGAUUCAUUACCAUACAAAACCAGGUUCAACAUCCUAUUUGUACUGGACAGGAGAGGGAACUUGAAUCACAUGGCCAUCUCCUGACCUCUUAAUUCUGGUUAAGGAAUUGGGAGCAAUGUGUGUACUUACAAUGUACUGAUUAUGCUACAAAUGGGGCGGGGACGGGGGGGUGGAGAAGAAAACCAAAGGUGUAACUCCAGUGCAUUGCAUAAAGUUCAGUUACAUAUAUAUGCCCAAAGUUCAGAAACCCGAGGAAUGUAAGGAGGUAUGACUCCAGAAAGGCGGAGCUUAAGGAAAUAUGUAUCGAAGUGCUGCUCCUGAAAAUUCAGGGCUAUUUUGUUGUACUUUUGGUUAACUGAACUGUCACCAUGAUUAUUUUCCCUAGAUCUACUUGAGCCCAGCACAGAUUCUCCUCCCCGAGCCACAGCCAAGCAGUUCCUCGGCAAUCCACGAAACCUUCAGAACCCCCUGGUGUCCAGCUUGAACCCUGAGGGUGUGUAUGUUUGAACUGCCCUAAGCCUCUUGUGUGCUGAAAACCUGGUCUUGUCAAGCAGUCCUCCAGACGUCCUAAUCUUGCUAUAGUGGGGGCGGGCAGCUUUCAUCUGCAAGGAGGUGGCUGUUUCUACAAACUCUUCUUCUACUCCUCAGUUUUUCUCUCCUGCCUUCUGUGCUGCUCCUCCUCCUCUCUCCCCACUCCCUGAAUCAGCAGCUAGUGGCUCGGUUGUUUUGCAGGGGGUGCCCAUAAACUGUAGCAUGUUGGGGCCAGCAGUAACCAAAGAGAAGGGAAGAGAAGCUGAGGGUGGGAGUAAGCAGAGAAUAACAGGAAGUUAUGCCUGCUGUAUGACAUGAUAGGCUCGGGCCAAGACUGCUCUUGUCACUGCUCCACUGUGCAGUGGGUGAGAGAUCAAUAGACACUCACCAGUAACAGUCUAAUCGCUUGCAGGAUGGCAUUUUGUCUCGGAGCAGUUGCUUUAGCUACACAGUGCAGUAUUGCUUACUCAGCUGAGGAUGUUUGCUAGUUCAAGCCUAUUUAAAACUUCACUAGCAAAGACAAAGCCCUGCAUAUUCAAUUCGCUUGUCCUUCACCCAAGGUCAUUCUGCCAAAUUCCUUUAAUGUCUCAUAUUUUAGUUAGCAGCUUAGAUUCCUAAGAGUUGAUGGCAAGGGGAUCUUUUCUCUUUUAUAAACUCUUACAGAAUGUGUGGCUGUCUAUCCCUGAUGAAUUAAUUGCAGCCCUUUCUUCAUCCACCAUUGUUAGUUUCAUUGUUAGUUUCAUUUGACAAAUGUAAAUUUUAAUCCCGUAUGCUGAGGAUAUGAAAUAUCUUGCUACAAAGUGCACCAGAACUGGUCUGUACAAUUUUAAAAUGCUAGUCUUUACUUGCUGUCCAGCAGUGAGUUCUACCCUGCAUUCUGCAUGGAUCGGCUGUGUGAUCGAGUUCCCUGCAUAUGACGUCAGGACCAGAGGUUCCCAUUCCUUGUUUUAAAAAGACACAGUUUUAGCUUCCUGGUUUAGCUGGUCAGUUGAAGCCAUUUCCUGGGUUAUGGCUGUUGUUGCAUGCUGACAGCUUCUAGGAGCCACAGGUGAGCACACGAGUUGGGAACCAAAGGUGAACAAAUUACCCUGGAAGGAGCACGAUGUGUCCCUCACCGGAGCUACCCCCCCCCAAUGCCCUGCAGACCCCAGCCCAGGAUCUUCAAGCACACUGCCCAGACUUGUGCCCUAGGGAGGUCACUUUGGUGCUGCUAUUGCAGUGGUUUGACUUCACCCCCAGAGGUGCACUCCAUUGUCUCUCAAGACAGGUGGAUGCCAAGAACUAUUUUAGCUCUGAAGGAAACAAAUGGUAAUUUUAGACAGCCUGGCUGAAAACCAGCACAAAGUAUAUGGUUUCCACUCACAUCCUGCGAAGUGGUGUCAUGAGAGAGAGAGAGAGAGACAGAGAGACAGACAGACAGACAGACAAAACAUUUAGUGUUUUAUAAUGCAAUCAGUGCAUUCCACGUGUUGUCCCUAUGGACCUUAGUCAAAGCAACUUUGAGACACAGCAAGGCAAGUAAUGCAAUAUGUCCACGUUGUCUUUCCAGACCAGUUUUUAAACCCUCGAAUGGUGAUGCUGGUGAAGAUAUCACUUUGUGGGAAUUAGGACCCAAUCCAUGGAAUAAUAGUUUGGUGAUCUAAUUGGCCAAUGAUGAUGGGCCCAAUAUCCAGUUUUGAACGUUUUUAUCUAUGCAAAUAGAUUUAUCUCCUGUUAACUUGUCCUGGGCAGGUCCCAUUUGUUUGAGUGGGUUCUGUUUUUAAAAAGGAUUCCUGUGGAAUGUUCCACCAGAGUGUGGUGGUGGUCCUCAUCCCAGCAACCUUCACUUUGUGGGCAACCUUCUUGACUGAGUCUAUAGAGAGGGUUAAAAUUAAAAGCCGGAUCCUCAUGAUAUUUCAGAAGCGAUCUAGGUGCAGUAUUUGGGGCUUUAAAUUAUCUUGAUUAUAGCUUGCAGUUCCCUCCCACCCCCAUAACUAUUUUUGAUGGCUAUGGAAUCUUAGUCUUAUCACAACAAAGAGCUAGGAAUCCUUUACAGUUAUAGCAUCACAACAGCCUUUCUAUCUAUUUUCUUGGCUGUGCUACAUUAAAUCAGAGUUGGUUUUCUCAAGCUGGUAUUCUGUUCUUGGAGAGUUCUGCAUAUUUUAAUGGUGAGAAUGGCUUCUGAGAAUGCUGAUACUUUGCUUUGAAUAUAGGAGCAAAUGAUCAUGAAAUUCUCUGUUGACUUGAACUAAUUCUCUGUGCUUGUGGUACAGAUUAGGUGGGCUUUCCCAUUUUGUGAUACUACUACAGUAAGGUACACAUCUUAAAUUUUCUCGUGUGAUCAUUUCAGUUUGAUCACACUUUCAUGAAGAAUCUGUCGCUAUUUUUGUUUGAAUCUGCAAUUGCAUGGAAUAGCAUUUCCUCCCUUCCCCCCCCCCCGCCUUCCUCUCUGUCUUCAUAUUCUGGUUUAUCAAACACUAAGCCAUCAUAAUGGGGUCACUUCAUUUAUUUUUAUAUGUCUUGCAGUCAUGUCAGCAAAGCAGAGCAUCUGGAGGUAA